CGUGGGGAGCGGCGGCGGCUGCGCGAGAUGAGGAGCGGCGGCGGCCGCCGGCAGUGAAUGGGCGUCGCGGCGGAGCGGGACGAGCCGCAGGCGCAGCCGGGGCCGGGGCCGGAGCCGCGAUGGCUCAGGAGAAAAUGGAGCUGGACCUGGAGCUGCCGCCGGGGAGCGCCGCGGCCCCGAGCGACGGGGGCGGCCUGAGGAGAUCCAACAGCGCCCCCCUCAUCCACGGGCUCAGUGACAACUCGCAGGUUUUUCAGCCUUACGUGUUGCGAACUCGCAGGAACAGUACAACAGUUAUGAGCCGUCACAGUAUGUUGCUGUCAUCAUCUCCCAUUCGUAUUCCUAGUAGUCGACUUCAUCAGAUCAGAAGGGAAGAAGGAGUGGAUUUAAUGAACAGAGAAACAGCACACGAAAGGGAAGUGCAAACAGCAAUGCAGAUAAGCCAAUCAUGGGAGGAAAGCUUGAGCCUGAGUGACAAUGACUUGGACAAGUCUGAGAAAUCUUCCUCCCCAAAGAGAAUAGACUUCAUUCCAGUUUCGCCGGCACCUUCACCUACAAGAGGAAUAGGAAAGCAAUGUUUUUCACCGUCAUUGCAAAUGUUUGUGAGCAGUAAUGGAUUACCUCCAAGUCCUAUUCCCAGUCCAACAAGGCGAUUCUCCAACAGGAGGAGUCAAAGUCCAAUCAACUGUAUCAGGCCUAGUGUUCUUGGCCCUAUUAAAAGAAAAGGUGAAAUGGAAACUGAAAGUCAGCCAAAGAGACUUUUUCAAGGAACAACCAACAUGCUUUCUCCAGAUGUUACACAUCUGACAGAUCUCAGUUCAUGCCUGUCUUCAGACAUACUUGAUGGGAGUAGCAGCAGUGUUGGCUCUUCCUCUGAUUCGCUGACUAAAGGCAGCAUAACCACAGAGUCUCCAGUAACGUGUUCAAAUUCAUGCUCUUCAUUCAUUUUGAUGGAUGAUCUCUCACCUAAGUGACUUAAUCAGUUCUGAGUCAGUGUUUGGCUGUGCUGUUCCCUUACUGUACACUUGUACAGAGAAACGAACUCUGAUCCUUGAACCGUUAACAUGAGGAUUAUUACAUGGAAAAUUAGUGUAACUGUAAUCCUUGGCAACUUUCCAGUGAUUUUGAUUUAUCCAUUUAAUGGACAUUGUAGGCCAUAUUAAUGUCUGGUUUUGCGGAUUUAUUUUUUAAACAAGAUGUCUGCUCAGAUUAUACUAACUUCUUGCUUUCAAGAACUUGCAUACACUUUUUGAUUCCGAGAUAGGUAUCUACCUAUUAGUGUUGCAAUUUUUAGGAAAAUACUUCUAUCAUUAUCGUGGUCACUAUGUCUAGGGAAAUAAUUUGGUUCGAAAGGAUUUGAAAAUACUAAUUUAUUGUUUGGCACUUCAACCAUUAAGUAAAACUAUUCUUUUUUUUUUUUUUUUUAGUCACUAGCCUCAAAUUCUUUUUGCAGAAGGGAGAAAACAAAUUUUUCUUAGUGCUGCUAGUCACUUUUGUUACAGGAGACCACAAUGGGUCUGGAAAUCUCACUCUAUUACAUU